GUUUCUCCCUUUCACCGACUACUUGACAAUUGAGUAAGGACUUCGGCAUCUUGACCGAGGUUUGUGUCGCUUGAAGGAAUUUUAAGAUUGUACGAUUGGAACGGUCCGGUAUUUCCGUUUGACGGAAGGUUGGAAAGGAUUUUGAGAGAGUUCUCUCUUUCGCCGUGAAGAAUUCGUUUUCCACUCCGGUUUGGUCUUUGUUUGUGUACAUGAUGAAGUUUGUAGCUUAUCGAUCAUCUUCUCAGCCUAACGGUGCAAUAGGUUCAACCGACGAUUCAAACGAAUAUAUAACCCCACUCCUCUUGCCCGAUAGAACACCACUACGUAGUUUUCAAGAACUUGUGGAGAGAUGGGAUCAGGUCAAAGAUUGUCUCUUACCUUCUGAACCUAAGGAAAGAUGGGAUGAAGUGGAGAUAUUACCGCCUUUUCCGGGGAGGGAUGUGAUUUGCGUAGGCAAAAAUUAUAGGGAACAUGCUACCGAAUUCGCCGGUUCAGGAUUCGAUCAUGAUACUUCUGAUACACCUGAUUUUCCUAUCAUUUUCACCAAACGUGCCACCUCUAUAGUAGGUCAUAACCAUCCGAUACAGCCCCAUACGACCAUAACGGAUAAAUUGGACUACGAAGGGGAGUUAGGAAUUAUUAUUGGAAAAAAAGGUUUAGGGGUGAGUAAAGAAGAUGCUUGGGAGUAUGUUUGGGGAGCGACUAUAAUCAAUGAUGUCACGGCAAGGGAUAAACAACGGGAUCAUAAACAAUAUUAUCUAGGAAAAUCAUUCGAUACGUUUUGUCCCAUGGGACCUUUGGUAGUACCAGCCUCCGAACUAGACAUCCCUUCACUCUUACUCCAAACUCACGUCAACGGUAAACUUCGUCAAUCCGCACAUAUAUCAGAACUCAUAUUUGACAUCCCUACCCUCAUUCACACUUGUUCAAUGGGUACAACCCUUCAACCAGGUGAUGUCAUAGCUACUGGGACUCCUUACGGAGUAGGUAUUUCAAGUGGAGCUUUUCUUCAACCUGGUGAUAUCGUCGAAGUUUCAAUCACCGGUCUGGGUACAUUGAGGAAUAUCAUUGCCGAUGAUCGGAGUACGGAGAAAAGUUAAAAAAGAACAGUUUUGGGUUGUGAAUAUUGAUGCGAUCAAUUUCUUCCUUU